CCAAUACAAAUGAUUUGGGCACAUGGUCUUUGCCAACAUCUUUUUUCCAUUCUCAAUAUGCACUUUGAACCUUCCAAAAUAGAAUAAACACCUACCUUUUGAGAACCUCGCCCUUUUUAUAUCUCCACAAUCAAACGACACACAUGAUAGCACUACACUUCCCGGAGGGCAUCUGGCAAGACAAACCAGAGAGAGAAAGACCAAUCCCGUUACUACAAAUUUAACAAUGUACAGGCCUCAAAGAGAGAGCUUUGCCAUUCAAGCAAGGGGCUGUGCAACCCUACACCGACACCAUACCCCUCAUGCUCAAGCCAGCACUCUCUCUCCCAAGUUAAAUUUCUCUGCAAUGAAGCUCUUUAACCGUUUCCGCAAGAUUCUUAUGCGGCUCAUAUUUUCUCUUCCUUCUGGCGGAUCUUCUGGCACGUCCAGCAUGGCUGCCAAGCAAACGAACUGCGACAGGUUCGAUCCGCCAAAGACUUCUUGCAGCUCGUAUUACUCGUCCCAUUCGCACUACACCGAGGCCAUUGCUGACUGCAUUGAGUUCUUCAACAAGUCAUCACAAGAGGGGAUUAUGGAUGGUCGGAAAUCCGAUGUUUUGGUUUGAUCAUCAAAUUAUAACCUUGGCUGCUACUCUCCUCCAUUACAUUUUCUUGUCCUUUACUUUGAUGUUUCUUUCCCUUUUUUCCUUUUACAAUACAUAGCAGUUUCUUGAAAGUAUUUGAUUACUCUCUUCCUUCGUGGGUUACGAAUCUACCAUAGAAAAGAGACAUUGGAAACUUGGAAUGUUUGUUCUCUGUUUGUACAUUGAGGAUAAUCUUCAUCUGAAAAUGUUUUUGUUUGUUUUGAUUUCCAUCAGGUUUCUUGAGGCUUCCUACGGCCCGAGGCUCCAAGCAGAGGCUACAGAGUUUAACUGCUUCUUGGACCCAAACAUUUUAAUGGGCCAGCAUGGCGCCUUGAGUCCUUCCCCCUCGUCCUAAUACGAAAAUGAAAGUGAAUAAAUCAGUAUUUCGCUGUCAAUUCUCAAACCCAUUCCUCUGCUUGAAAGUUGAUAGAAGAUUUUUACUCAUUUUGACUUUGGGCAAGUAAAAUAGUAGAUGUCAGAGUUUAUGUACACGGAAAGGAAGUAUGUUAUGUGCUAGUCAAGCAACUAAGAGGGUGGGGCAGUUCGUUAACUCUGAGCCUGGGGCUGAUGUUUAUUUUGGGUUGGUGUCUGUCUCUUGUACUAUUACUGUAACUAAAUAAAUGGUCCUCAAAUCCAAUCAAUGUGGCCUCUGGAGGAUCUGUUCUUAGCCUCCUUGGGACGAUACAGAAACUACAUUCAAGGACUGAUAGCGGCAACAAGAUAUGUGAUUGCCCUCCCCGACCCGGGCGCAAGCU